AUGAAACCGCCGUCCAAUUCAUUCUCAAGCCAGAUUAACGCACCUUCUUCGUCCCAAGCGGCUCAGAACACGCUAUCAAACCCCGAAUGCGGUGUUAGGAAAGUCACAAUAAAGCAGCUACUUCAAGCAGUGGAGUCGCGUUACGGACUGCCAAGAUUCACGGUGAGUGGACAUGGGAUAGGAAAGGUCUUGCUCGUAGCCAAUGUCUACAGCACUGAUGUUGGCGAAGAAAUACCGAGGCGAAUAACUUACAGCUUUGACGAUGGGUCAGGCAGGAUCGACGGUUUCAAGUGGGAAGGGAUCUGUGACCCCGAUUUUGACCCUUUCGACUAUGCAUGUGUAGUCGGGGAGUUGGACAGGUUCGAUGACGGUCGCAAAGCCAUCAAGAUCUUCCACAUCCGACCGAUUUACGACCCGCAUGAAGUGUACUAUCAUAUCAUCCAUGCCAUUGUAGACACACUUUCAGUUGAAAGAGGUCCCCCACCUCGAGGCUCGAUGGCUUCACCAAUCUCUGCAAGUCAUUCCCAAGAAGCGGAUCAGGUAGAGAAGAUCACCGAGGCAGUUGGAGAUCUAGCGAUUUCCGGCGGGAGAGGAGAGUUGUCUUCAUCCAGAACACAGAACAAUUCAAAGAACAACCCGCCCCCUGCAGUGUCGCGUCUUGAACGGGACAUCGCUUCAUGCAUAUCGCGAUUGACAGCCGCCAGCGAAGACGACGAAAGCUCCGAUGAUGGGGCUGAAAUUGGCGCCAUCAUCGAGGAGAUAAAGGCGCUGUAUCCUGACAUCGAGGCGAAAGAGUUUUCAAGUGCCGUCGAGUCCCUGAUAAAUCAGGGCAUCAUUACAACUACGAUUGACGACUAUCAUUACGCUUCUACAUGA